AUGUCAUCUUAUCCAACCGAUGAGACAACCAGAGGGUUCUCGCACCCGAUUUUCUCAUCUCACAAGUAUAAAAUGUCGCAGCAACAGCAGUACCAUCCUAGUCACCCUGGACCAGCACCUCCUCCAUAUCCUCAACAGUUUCAGCCGAUGCCAGCAAACCCGCCAUAUGGAUACCCUCCCCAGCCCUAUCCGCAACCAAUGAUGGGCAACCCUCAGUACCCUCCCCAGCCGCAUCACACUCAGAAUUCCGUGCGCUCUCUGAAAGUCGAGUUCUCCAGUUGGACAUCAAGACAUCUAGCUAUCAAUGAUCUUGGGCAAGGCUCGUUGCUCUAUACGGCCGACCUGCACACCCGAAACCCACAAAUGGAAUUCAAGAAUGCCACAACGAACCAUACCAUCGCCACGGUGCAUCUCCGGGCUUUGAAGCCAGAAAUUGAUAUCAAGCUUCAUGGCCGUGAUAUCCAUCUGCGCGUUCGCGGCUCCAUGAAGAACGCAACCUCAUAUGAGUCGCUGGCGUUCCCCAACACAUUCUUUACAUGGAAGGACACCAGUGCAUGGAAGUUCCUCAAUUUUGAAUGUGUGGACCAAAACAACGUCACCGUGGCCAGGUUCAAGCCGCAUUCCUCUUUCUCCAUGCGCAAGCUGGGUCAAUUGGACAUUCUGAUCCCGCCGGCGACCAGUGGAGUUGCCAUGGAUGAGUUGAUGCUCACGGGCGUGUCCUUUAUGUAUUACGCAUACUUGCAGCAUAUGCGGAGCACCAAUGUCGCUGUCACUGCUUGA